AUGACCUGGUCCGCACUCGAGGAUAUCCUGUACAGGGCGAUUCAAGCGCAGGGGAACCAAAGCGCCUUUGUGCAUCCAGAUAACCUGGUUCCACUAAAACUGGCUAUUUUACGACAUCUACCCGUUCUCGUCUUCAAUGCCGAAAAGGAAUUCGAACAGAAGGAUGCUGCCAUUACUUUGACAUACUUCGACAAUGAAGAUCUUGAACUUCACCUCGGUCGACUGGAGAAGACAGAGGGUGCUGAAGCUAUCCGUCUCCGGUGGUACGGUGAUACAGACGUGAAAACGGCCAGUAUUUUCGUGGAGCGUCAGACCCACAGGGAAGACUGGACAGGUGAAAAGUCCGUCAAGGCGCGUUUUCUGAUCAAAGAAAAUCUCGUGAACACUUUUCUGCGUGGAGAAUAUACCAUGGAUGCGGAGCUCCAGGCUCUAGUUGAAAAAGGCAAGAAGACACGAGCCGAAGUCGAUUCCAUGAUUCAGCUUGCAAGCGAAGUUCACUCCAAGGCACUUGUUCAUGUUCUAGGAGGCACAGACCUUCGAGGUAACGAUACCACGGAAGAACAUCGGAUAAGGGCGCUGGAAGCUGCCACAGCGCGUCUUAGGAACGAAGAACUAGAGCGGAGCUGCGGGACUUCUGGACCGCAGAAGCAAUCUGGUUGA